ACUGCUCCCUGGUCUGCAAGCAGCCUAGAUCCAUGGAGGAGGAGGAAGACAACUUUAUGCUUUUCUUUGGGGCCAACACCAGCAAGUGCAGCCUUGAGACUAACCAAACAGGAGCCACACCAUGCUGGUCAGGGCCAGCCAAGGGAGGUCCUGAGGUGGUGAUCGUACCGGUGCUUUUUGGUUUGAUUUUUCUCCUGGGAAUGGUGGGGAACACACUGGUGUUUGUUGUUUUGGGUCGUCUCCGGCCUGGGAGACGCCCAUCACGCAGUGCCACCAACAUCUUCAUCCUGAACUUGAGCAUUGCAGACUUCUCCUUUUUACUCUUCUGUGUCCCCUUCCAGGCCACUAUCUACUCCCUGCCAGAAUGGAUCUUUGGUGCUUUCUUUUGCAAGUGGGUUCACUACUUGGCCAUGGCAACAAUGCUGGUCAGCAUCUUUACUCUGGUGGCCAUGUCUGUGGACAGAUACAUUGCUGUGGUUCACGCCAAGCGUUCGUCCAGCAUCCGCAGCAAGCGCAAUGCUGCCCUCGGCGUGGGUGUCAUCUGGUUGCUGUCUCUACUCAUUGCCAUCCCUGUGGCCCAGCACCAGGCCCUUAUGAGCGGUCAUCAACAAGCACCCAACAGCUCCUUCUGCUGGGAGAAUUGGGCAGAGGGCUCAACAGCCAAACAGACGUACAAGGUUAUGAUCCUGCUAGUGGGAUACCUCCUGCCUCUGGUGCUCAUCACCUGCUGCUACGCCAAGGUUUUGUAUCAUCUUCACACAAAAGUAAAGAAUAUUUCUAAGAAGUCAGAAAGAUCAAAGAAGAAGACAGCACAGACAGUGCUUCUUGUGGUUGCUGUGUUCCUGCUCUCCUGGCUGCCUCACCACAUCAUCACAAUGUGGGCAGAGUUUGGGCACUUUCCCCUCAACAACAUCUCCUUCACCUUCCGCAUCAUCUCCCAUUGCUUGGCCUAUGGGAACUCCUGCAUCAACCCCAUUAUUUACGCUUUCCUCUCAGAGAACUUCCGCAAGGCCUGUCAGCAGGCCUUCAACUGCAAGUGCUUCCUGCAGCCAGUGCCCACUGAGAAGCUGGUCAGAAUACGCAUGGAGAACUUCUCUACCACACACUCAACCACUAAUGUGUAAGUGGGGCUCAGAAAUACCUUUCAGGAGAAGAGAGAAGGGCGGUGUCUGACAGAACAGCUAUACAGGGGCAUUUUAGGUACCUUGCUGCUAGGCACCAUCAGAAGUGUCUGAAUGCCCUUGUGGUUUCCCUAAGAGGAAACAGCUGUAGUUAUGUCCAUAAAGGAUAAGAUGUGUUUAAACAGAAGGUGUAAUUAUGGACAGACAUGAAAUGAGCAAGUUAACAAUUCUGCGUGUGGGCUGUUAUUAGGAUGUGAGCAAUGAGUGACGUGACAUUUACCAAGGGCGCUGAGAAGCAGUUUGGUAAUCUAGCUAACAUAUCAACGAAUGUGUCCAUUUCUUAAGCAGUCAUUUUACCGUAUGUGAGCUGUGUAUGUUUUUAGCUGUGAUGGAAUCUCUAAAUCUCCUGCAAGUCUUUGCCAUAGUAUUUACUUACUGUGUAGUAUAACAUGAGGUCUCACUGAUGCUCAUGUCUGCGUUUGAUGGCUCUGUAGAGGCUUGCAUUCCCCAGGGUCUCAAUGUCUGCAUACUCCUGGAUGUAAUUAUGGCUGUUAAUGACCGGCUGUAAUAACUGCCUAACUAAUAAUUAUGUGAGAUUUCUCAAAAUAUGCCUAAAAGAACUGUUUUUGUCUGAAAGUGAUAUUUACACAAGGCUUUAUUGGUGCAUGUGCUGUUCUCUGGGCAUAUCUACCCAAAGCUUUUAUUGGACGUGUUCUUAUACAAAUGUUAAAAUACCUUCUUUUGAUUAA